UAUCUUCACGGUGCUUCCGACAAUACGUCAACAGUUCGAGCAAUGCAAAAGUGAGUAAGAAACAGAAUCUGAUGAAUCAGUUCUUUUAGUUCUUUGUCCAUGCUGAGAUUCAUGGUAGGUUCGCCUUGGCUCAUUAUCCUUUUCGUCCAUUUUCUUUCAAAAAUUCGAAAGCAGGACCACAAAGUCGUCCCCUGGUAUGCUCACAACUACUUAUACGGCGCGCCGCUUCAUCCGCUGCGUGACUAUUUUUUCAGGAGGUGUCACCAGAAAAAAAUUAAAAUAUGUGAGAGUCAGAGAUGUAUAACUGUGAUUAUCCUCCUCCUUGUAUUCGUUCCAUUUGAUUAGCGGCUUCCAUGUAAAGUGAGACGGCAUUUUCAAGGUCUUGGCCGACAUGUCCUCUUCCAUGCUGCAAAGUUUGCUUGUCGCGCAACAGCGCAAUAGCACCAAAUCCCGGUCUUCUUCCUCUGGUGCGCUUCCACAGAGCGGGAGUUUCUGCAACACGAAUUACACUACCCUAGCUGCCGAUCCAACGGAACAAGAUGCCGAUUUCAGCUUCGACCUGAUCAACCGCAUAGCGUGCAUCGAGGCUUUUCUGCAGCAAGUGAAGCCGAAUAAUCAGCACGAUUUUUCCCCUGAUCUGGAAAAAUCCAAACAAAACUUCGAGCAAGCACUCGAGAAACUAGCGAACAGGAAUGGUUUCGCGGUGUUGCCGAUAGCAGAGUUGGAAAAAUCCAAGGAAUUAGUCUUCGACGAUGCGUCGGACAACUAUUUGGCGGUAAAAAACGCCCACGAACGGGACAAAUUGCUAAACUUCGACGAGAAGGAACAUAAGUACUCGUUGGCAAAUGGUGGAAAUGCAGCUCUUACGGGUAAAGCUGGUGGCGGAUUCCGGUCCGUCACAGCCUGUUGCGACUCGGGGCCGGGGUUUAACGGAAACAUGAUUGCGAGCAAGGUAUUAAAAAGUCUGCUACAUUUGCAUACAGUUUGGUGAAGAACAGGUGCUGCCUUUCGCAUUUCAUGGCGAUGGCCGCGUGCACGAGCAUGACAAAUUUUGUUCUGUAGAGCGAUCUCGCAAUACAAACUCCACAUCACAGAUCAUCAAGUCCGACCGUUGGGCGAACGACCCGAGUUACGAAUACUACCAGAAGACCAAAGAGGAAAUCCUGAAGACCUGGGACUUUGCGAGGGACCUGGGCACCGAGCUUCACCGCGACAUCGAGCUGUUUCUGAACCGGAAGGGGUAUUUGGAAGACUCCUUUCUCCAGCGGCAGCUGAGCACGAGUAUUCAGCUGGAAGGAGGGAUAUCACAAGAAAAAGUGUAGCCGUAGACGGUUUUGAAAUUUUGCAACAAAAAAAAAUUUUAAGUCCUCCGAAGUAGAUCACGGGCAGCGUGUGAAACGGUCACCAUGCUGCGAUGCUGUAUGGGGUCCCAGAGUAGCUGCACGCGCCUGGGCUAGCCAAUGCAAGCUGUUCUCUCGCUAUUGCACAGGGGCGCCAAGAUCUGCGUAAGAUGGCCCGCCUGACCUUGAGGCCAAAUUUUGGAGGUGCCCCAAAAACCGUCUACAAUGCAUCUAGCCCGCAUGCUAUGGUCGAUGUAGACGGUGAAAAAGUGGGCAAAACCAUGCAAAUACCACAGAAAAACCGUCUACAUCGCAUUUAAUCUGCACGGCUUGAUCGAUUUGGCCGAUCCAAAACGGUUCCCACCUCGGGGACCCCGUUUUGGACCGUCUGAACCCACCAUAGCAUGCAGUCUAAAUGCGAUGUAGACGGUUUUUGGAAGAUGCCAACUUUUUGGGCUCAAAAUGAUGCCAGAUGAGCAAGAUUUUCCUCCGAUCUGGGCCAGACCCCCAAAAACCGUCUACAUGACAUCUAGACUGCAUGGCAUGGACGUUUUAGCCUGCUCUAGGCUGGCCGAUCGCUCAUGUCGGCAGCGGUGGCGCUUUGUUGGGGUGGUGAACGUGUGGACAAAAGAGCCUCGGCCCAGACACUGGCUGCCGGGCGCCAUGGGUCCACCACCUGCCCGGCGGGGCGGAGGGCGCCCGGAUGGCAGCGGCUGAGAAGGCAGAAGGGGAAGGCGCGGAGGAGUUGCAAAGAGGCUAACGCGGAAAGAACACAGGCACCGCCGCGAAAAAGGUGCGAUAAUAGGUCGCAACCCAGCGCCGCCUACUCCGCGAGCUCUCACUAUUUGCACUAGCGAAGUGCUGCCGGCCCAGCUGCGUUGAGACUCCGCAGGAGCUAGAGGCGCGGCCCUUGUCGCCUAUGGCUGUUCGAAAUGCCCAUCGGGGGCUUAAAAAAAAAUUCUGUUGAAAAUUUCGAAAACCGUCUAAGCUGUCUUGAACGAUUUCUCCAACGGCAGCUGAGCACGAGUAUUCAGCUGGAAGGAGGGAGUAGUUCUUGUGCGAAGAAGAAGGAACAACAAGCGGAACAAGUAUCAGCGUCUUGCUCGCCUGCUGCUGUAGCAAAUACAGGAGCACCUGCGGGUGGAGCUCCCUCGCCUGUUCCAGUGAAGCCGCUUGCUCCAGCCUCGACGUCGCAGUUCAUUUCCACUCCCUUUUCCGUCACAACCUCCAUUGCGUCUGCCUCCUCCCGCCCCUCCUCAUUCGGGACGCAGGCGUUCGGGACUUUUGCAGCAGUGCCGCCUUUUGGAAGCAGCAGUGGCUCCUCGUCGGCGUAUCCUAUGGGGUUUGAAGCACCCCCGGAGCCAGCUUCUACUUCCACGAACGGAUCAUUCGGUUUCCAACCUCCUCCGACUAGCGCACAGCCCAGAUUUGACACUAGCGUUGCCGGCUUUGAACCAAAGGAGAGAGGUGGGCAAGCAUCGGAGCUGCAGGGCGCGAAAGAGAUGAACACGAUGACAGCAGCAGUAAAGCCGGCAUCAUCAUCCUCCUCAUCCACUCAGCAACCACAGCACCUCUCCAAAAUGCCGGAGGAGUUUAUCGAGCGCACCUACUUCCUCGCUUUCCUCAAAGACGUGAUGGAGACGCGGAAGUGGAAACCCUACCGCACCGAAUGGAGAAUCUUCGACGCGGACCUGGGCAUCGCGGGGACCAUUGAUUUUGUCGUCAUUGCGGAUCGGUUUGUUGGUCAAGCGAGUCAACCGGUCGUGCCGGCGGUGACGAAGAAGAUGAACUCGUCUGCUGUUACAACUGCGUCGAAAACAAGUAGAGCAACUAGCAAGGCAAAGGCCGGUUCGGGAGCGGCGACAACGUCGCGAAGGAAGGGAUCGACCGCUUCUGCCUCGGAGACCGAGGAUCCAUCUGAGCAGCAGCAAGUUCUAGAUGCCGCUGGUAAAAACAAAACAACUCCCACUGCCAAAGGCGAGGCAACACCACGGCCAGAAGAUUUCUUCGACACGACAGAAGAGGAGCAGCAAGAUCAGGAGCCAAGCUCAACAAAACGCCCCUCUGUUGCAGCGCAAAAUGGGAAUGCAACCGACACUGUGAGUCCUCCCGCUGCAGACGAGGAGCCAAGCACUACGUCCAGUGAGAAAGAGCCAAGGGACAGCGUUGCAACAACAUCAGACAGUGUUGGUUCCAUUACCACAGCGAAUAAGAAGCAAGAAGUCAUUCUUAUCGAUUGGAAACGGACGAAGCAGGUGAAAAAGCAGAUUUACCGCAACCAAUUGAACAUUUAUCGAUACAUUUUGGAGAAAAACUACGACAAUGUGAAAGUGACCGAGAUGUACGUGGUGCGUUUGCAUCCGCAGAGCCCAAGUUACGACUUGUGCAACAUCGAUCUCAUGGAGGACACGGAAGUGCAAGCCUUGCUGGCAUAGGCAUGAUGAUGAAGAGCAGUAUGAAAAUCAAUCUUUCCCCGCUCCACGACAACUACCCGAAUUCAUCUUUUCUUUCCCGAAC